AUGGAAGAUGCCAAAUACUUCCUUGGGGUUUUGACAAGGAAGGACCCCAAAAGCAAGCGACAGGCCCUGAAAAUUGCGUUGGAGGAGCAUGCCAAAGGUACUGCACCGUGCGAGACGUUGUUCUUCGCUUCACAAGACGCCGUAGCGCAACUGGACCAGAAUGUCAUGGAUUCGGAGUCAAUCAGGCUUAUACUGGAGGAGACAGCGUUUCGGGAAUAG